GAGCAAAUGACAGCAUGACUAGGGUCUGAGGAAGUGCUUCUGUGUUCCUACCAAGGGUCUGUGGGUGCAGAGGAAGGGUGCAAGGACAGCAGGGACAUUUUGAGCUACCAUGGAUAUCCCCACUGAUUUGGUGCCGUCCUCCAUGAUGUCCCAACCUGAAGUGAUUGAGUCCACAGCCAUGAGCGAACCACAGUGCUACUACAAUGAAACCAUUGCCUUCUUUUAUAACCGAAGUGGAAAAUAUCUAGCCACUGAAUGGAACACUGUCAGCAAGCUUGUAAUGGGACUGGGGAUUACCGUCUGCAUCUUCAUAAUGCUGGCCAACCUCUUGGUUAUGGUGGCUAUUUAUGUCAACCGCCGAUUCCACUUCCCUAUUUAUUACUUAAUGGCCAACUUAGCCGCUGCAGACUUUUUUGCAGGGCUGGCCUACUUUUACUUAAUGUUCAACACAGGACCCAACACUAGAAGAUUGACUGUAAGCACCUGGCUUCUCCGUCAGGGUCUUAUUGACACUAGCCUGACAGCCUCUGUAGCCAAUUUGUUGGCCAUUGCUAUUGAGCGGCACAUUACAGUUUUCCGAAUGCAGCUACAUACUCGGAUGAGCAACCGGCGAGUAGUGGUCGUAAUUGUGGUUAUCUGGACUAUGGCCAUUGUCAUGGGCGCCAUACCAAGUGUCGGAUGGAACUGUAUUUGUGAUAUCACUCACUGCUCCAACAUGGCACCGCUCUACAGUGACUCCUACCUGGUCUUCUGGGCUAUUUUCAACCUGGUCACUUUUGUAGUCAUGGUGGUCCUAUAUGCUCAUAUCUUUGGGUAUGUCCGCCAAAGGACUAUGAGAAUGUCCAGACACAGUUCUGGACCCCGCAGGAAUCGGGACACCAUGAUGAGCCUCCUGAAGACUGUGGUCAUUGUGCUUGGUGCUUUCAUAAUCUGCUGGACCCCGGGAUUAGUCUUGCUGCUCCUCGAUGUUUGCUGUCCCCAGUGCAACGUCCUGGCCUAUGAAAAAUUUUUCCUUCUCCUGGCAGAGUUCAACUCUGCCAUGAACCCCAUCAUCUACUCCUACCGGGACAAGGAGAUGAGCGCAACCUUCAAGCAGAUCCUCUGCUGCCAGCGCAGCGAAAGCACCAACGGCCCCACCGAAGGCUCGGACCGGUCGGCAUCCUCGCUCAACCACACCAUCCUGGCUGGCGUCCACAGCAAUGACCACUCAGUGGUGUAAAACCACAGCCGGCCGCGUGGCCGACAAAGAGCAGCAGGCUACGCCGUGGAGUGGGGUGGGUGCGCGGCCCCGGGGAAGGUAACCCACUCACAAGGUUUUCUCAAACACUAAUGGACUACAAGUGCUUCUUUUCCAGGGAGCCCAACACACCGGAGAAGUCCAUCCCGUCCGCAGGACUGGCCGUGCUGCAAGGCCUUUGAUUCUACUUUCAAAAAGUAGAAGGCAGAUGCCUUGUGGCAGAGGUCAUCGACAGCCCAUGGAAAGCCUUGCUGAGACUUUGUCAGACUUCGCUGCAUCUUGGUGCCAGUCUGAAUCAACUCUGAUUAAUUAAGCUUAUACCUGCUUCACUGCAUUUACAUGUAGCCACUUAGUCUUUUUAAAAAGGGAGUAAAGGGGAUAAAAGUAUGCCUAUCAUUUAAUAGACAUGUAAUAUUUAUCACCAUCAGCAUGCUUGUGAUGAACAUUUUCUGUGCAGGGAGUAAAACUGUGCUCUAGUCUUCGUAUCCUUAGCCACACUGCCAUAACUACAGUAAAAACAAAAGUAUUUUUUUCUAAUACAGGCAACAAGAAGAUGAUGGAAACUGACUCUUCUUACCUUCAUUACUGCUGUUAGAGAGCAUGCAUGUUCUGUGUGUAUGCAGAUUGUUUUAAUUAUGAAAAAAAAAAAGCUCGUUGUAAAGUCUGCAGGAAAGUAGAAAAGCAUAGACUGUAUUCCAGUGUUUGUUUAGAUUAUGAAAUAAACAGUACUCUAGUUACAA